AUGCAGAAUGAUGAUAUUACAUGGAAUAUUCUUCGAAAAGGUCAAUGCGCAUUUAAAGCUUGGACAAAGCCAACAUUGUUCUGUCGAAAUGAGAUGAAUUUGACUGGUUUAUGUAAUCGUGCAUCAUGUCCACUGGCAAAUUCGCAGUAUGCUACUGUUAGGGAAGAAAAUGGAGUAUGUUAUCUAUAUAUGAAAGUCGUUGAAAGGAGUCACUAUCCGCGAAGGCUAUGGGAAAAGAUCAAGCUUUCUAAGGAUAUGAAUAAGGCUUUGGAGCAAAUCAGCGACAAUCUUCUUCACUGGAGUGAAUAUGUACGGCAUAAAUGUAAAGCUAGGCUUAUUCGUAUCCAUCAAUAUCUUAUACGAAUGAGGAGGAUGGCGCUUAAAGGAACACAGAAAAAGAUCAUCCCUAUUGCUCGCAAAGUUGAGCGCCGUGAGAAACGUCGAGAAGAAAAGGCUUUGAUUGCUGCAAAACUUGACAAAGCAAUUGAGAAUGAGCUGUUGUCACGAUUGAGGCAGGGCACAUACGGAGAUAUUUAUAACUUCCGACAGGAAGCAUUUGAACAA